UUCCGUUGAUAUCUGCGUCCACUCCACAUCGGUCAUCUGAUUCUCAGUCACCAUGUGGUCUCCGCUGUUUCUCUGCGUCCUCCUCGGAGGGGCAGUCUUGGCCGAUCAUCACCAGCAACAACAAGGAGAAAAGCAAUACAAUGCGUGGAAGAGUGGAAGCGAGUACAAGUACCAGGUGCACGGUCGCACCCUGGCGGCGCUUCACCAGGUCGCCGAUCAGUACAGUGGUAUUUUCAUGAAAGCUCAACUUGUUGUCCAACCGAAAUCCGACGGUACUCUGUGGGCUCAAAUCUCUAGGCCUCAGUACGCCCAGGUCCAUGCGGAACUACCGGGUGGUUGGGAUGCCGAUAUACCGGGGGAAAAGCUCAGCUUCAAGCAGCUUCCUCUGAGCGGAAAGCCCUUCGAGAUCAAGCUGAAGAACGGAGCGAUCGAUGACCUGAUGGUAGACCGCAGUCUCCCCAAGUGGGAGGUGAACGUAUUGAAAAGUAUCGUCAGUCAGUUUCAAGUCGACGUUCAAGGUGAAAACCAAAUGAAUUCGAAGUACAACCAGGAACCUGAAGGAGACAAGGCCUACGCAACGUUCAAGGUGAUGGAGGAUUCGGUGACUGGAAAGUGCGAGGUGUUCUACGACAUUUCGCCUCUUCCCGACUACAUUCUUCAGAGCAAACCUGAAUUAGCUCCGCUGCCUCAGCUCCGCGGUGACGGACAAAUGAUCGAUGUUGUCAAGAGCAAGAACUUUAGUCACUGUCAUCAGAAUCCGACUCGCAGCUACGGUUUGGAGUGGAUGAACGACUGGGAACCCGGCACUGUCAACGGACGUUUCUUCUCGAAAUCUUCAAUGAGUCGCAUCAUUCUUUCCGGAAGUCUCGGUCGCCAUACAAUUCAAUCCUCUGUCACGACGAACAAAAUUGUCUUGAGCCCAGAACUUCACAAUGAGCAAAAGGGCAUGGUAAUAAGCAGACUGAACAUCACUCUGGUCGAGGUUGGCUCAGCGUCAAGCAGCAUUUCAUCACCUUCUAACCUCAAGUCUACCGGAAAUCUGGUCUACCGUUAUGCCUCGAGUGCUUCUCAAAGUGGCAACGAGAACGACGAAGAAGACGACUCUAGCAGCUCCAGCUCCAGCUCCAGUUCUGAUUCUGACUCCAGUUCAAGUUUCGAUUCGGAUUCUGACUCGAGUUCAAGCAGCUCCAGUGACGAGGAACAGUACAAAAAACGCAAACCACGCAGCGCUCACAGAGGCUACGAUAACGACGACAGCCAGGAGGAUGAUCUUGAAAAGAGCCCUCAGAGCAGUAAUGAUGGCGACAUACAAUCGGUGCUGGCCAGCGUGGUGAGGAAGGAACUCCCUAAGCUUGCCAAGCAGAUAGCAGAGGAGCUUCAGCGUCCCAGCAAUAUCCCCAAGGAACAAACCCUCGAUAAAUUUGACAACCUUGUUAAAAUGGUUCGUUUCCUGAGCGCGAAGGAGAUCAACCAAAUGCAUCAGAAUCUCUAUCAACCCUACGAGAAAACCGACUCCAACAGCCAGAGUGAAAGUGUACGCAGAAACGCCUGGGUGGCGUUCCGCGAUGCUGUAGUAGAGGCUGGAACUGGACCAGCUCUUUUGAACUUGAAGCAGUGGAUCAAACAGCGAAAAAUGAGCGAUUACGAGGCUGCAGCAGCCGUGGCUGCCCUGCCGAAAGCAGUUCACUACCCAACUCCUGCCUACAUUGACGCCUUUUUCUCAUUGGCCACGGAUCAGCAAGUGGUCGAUCAGCUCUACCUGAACACUUCUGCCAUCCUCGCUUUCACUGAACUGGUCCGUUUAACUCAGGCCAGCAACAGCUCAGCUCACUACCGCUACCCAGUUUACAAUCUUGCCAGCCUUUCAUCGAAGGAUCAAUCACCUGUCACCCGCAAGUAUCUUCCUUACUUGUCCCAGAAGCUGCAAUCCGCCAUCAGCAGAGCAGACAGUCCAAAGAUUUUAACGUACAUCAGAGCUUUGGGCAAUUUGGGUCACCCUCAGAUACUCGCCACGUUCGAACCUUACUUGGAAGGUAAAAGAGACGCUUCAGACUUCCAGCGUUUGUCAAUGGUUGGUGCCAUGGACAAGCUGGCAUUUAUGCAUCCCAAGGUUGCCCGCUCUGUGCUCUUCAAGAUCUACCAGAACACUGGCGAAGCUCACGAAGUGCGCUGCGCCGCCGUGUUCCAGUUGAUGAAGACCAAUCCACCUGCAAGCAUGCUUCAAAGGAUGGCGCAGUUCACAAACUGGGAUGUAAACAAGCAAGUGAACUCCGCGGUUAAGACUGCCAUUGAGAGUGCAGCAGAACUUGACGACGAACAGAAUUUGGAACUUGCAUCCAACGCUCGCGCGGCCAAAGAUUUGCUUAAUCCGAAAAUUUACGGAAUCCACUACAGCCAGGGCUACUUGAGAGACCAUGUUGUUGAGGAAAUGAAUCUUGCCUACAAAUUGUUCGCCAAUUUCAUCGGCAGCGAAGACAGCGUCUUGCCACAGGCAAUCUUCAUGAAUCUGAAGACUAACCGGGGUGGUUACAACAAUUCUCCACUUGAAAUGGGAGCCAUGGUCUCGAGCGUUAACGACCUGAGCAACUUCAUAAGUCAGCAAUUUUCAUUCGGUGACGAUAGUAGGAGUCGUAAUCAAAAACAAUCGCGUGGAGAGGGUAGAUGGAGUCCGGAAAACAUUGCCAACAUAUUAAACAUUGAGUCAGACGAUGCGGAACAGCUGGAGGGUCGGCUUUGGCUCAACAUCUUGGGAUCGCAGAGCCACUUUGCUUUCGAUAAUCACACCAUCGAGCAAAUCCCCAGAAUGAUUAGGAAUGCAGCUCAGGCCGCGAAAGAGGGCAAGAGUUUCAACAGGACACAAUUCUCGGACAACGAAAUAUUCGUGACAACCCCCACUGCGACGGGAUUCCCCUUCGUAUACUCCCUGAGGAGACCAACCCUCUUCAAAAUCGGUGGUGAAGUUCAGGCGCGCAGUAAUCCCGACUUGGCUCAUGGUUCAUCAGACGAACUGCAGAUCCCAUCGACCGCCAACGUUACCUCAGACAUCCAUUUCGUUUAUUCCACACACAUCCACUCCCGAAUUCAAUUCAUCACGCCGUUUGAUUAUCAUUCGUACGAAACUGGUAUUACCAAGAAUUUCCAAGUCAACAUUCCUCUUCGCAUUCGCGCAGAUCUUGACGCGGAGAAUCAGCAUGUCCGGGUGGAACUUCAGCCUAUUCAGAAAGACCGUGACUACAACUUGUUCCACUACAGCACCAAGCCUUACACCUCUAAGAAUGAUAUUCGUGACAUUGCCCCUGUCGUCCUCCAAGAUAAUACGCAGCCCAUCGGCACCGGAGAACGAAUCCAGAACGAGUACGAGUUCGGUAAGAAGAGUACCGGAAUGGCUUUCCGUCUAAAGGCAUCAUCGGAGCGAAGUUCUCGGCAGCCAAUGUGCGCCUGGCUUCAGGAGCAAAUGGCACCUCACGAUGCCUUGUCAGGUUUCGUUUUCCCAUUCGCCCAGCAAACCAUCGAACAAACGAGAUACGAUUUGAUUUGGGACUCCAGCAGUAGCAGUUCAAAGUCUGUUGUCGUAACGGCUUCCUGGGACAGCCAGAGAUCCGACGAAAGCAGCAAUUCCAAAAACUCAUCACCCGACAUCCCUCAGCCAUCCAGCAAGAAGCCCGACAGCCAAGAACGCCAAGACGAAUUGCAGGGCCAGGUAGCUUCGGGUAUCAACGACGCCGACGUCGCCUCCAUCGACGUUGGAGUGCACUUCCAAGGCCAGACCGACGCACAAUACGCAAUGACAGCCGCAGUGGCGAGCAGCAACACCGACGACAACUCUCGCUUCCUCUUCUACUACUACAAGAAGUCAGCCGAUCAAAAAAGGUACGAAGUUUGUCUGCGCGCCGAGUCUGAGAUGCCGAAUGUGCCCGAACUCGACUUCACAAAAGCCCUGAGGGCCGACCCAAAAAGCAAGGUCGAGCUUGCCGUCAAUUUUGGAGAACAGUGCCAGUCUGGCGGCAGUGUUCAGGUUAAAGGAAAGUGGGAGCAGAGCGCCGAACUGAGGAAUUAUCUCCGCCAGCAUCCAUUGGCUAAGCAGUGCGCCGGGCAGAUAGAAAAGGGCGACUACGCUCUGCCUGCAUGUCGCAACAUGACAACCCGUGCCAACCAUAUGGACGAAGCUCACUUCACCAUCGAGUACAAGAAUGUUCCUCGAUCGGCGCAGAACGCGACUAUCAGUGUCUACAGGGCCGCCCAGUUCAUGGCCUAUGAAAACGCCUAUGAGAACACGGUUGACCCGAAGGAUCAGGAAAAGGGUAGAAUCGACAUCGACCUUGAAUUUUCCGAGGACUUCGACUUCAUGAACGUCUCCAUCAACGCUCCCGCCAUGGACGCCAACUUCACCGAUAUUGAGAUCAGCUCUUGGGCUCAACCUCUGUUUGCUGUUCACCCUGUUCAAUCCGCUGCCCAGCGAUUGGGAAGAAGGGCUAUGUAUGGACAGUACAAUCCUGUCUGUGUUUUGGACAACAACCACGCCAACACCUUCGACAACAGAACCUACCCAAUCGAACUUGGCAAAUGCUGGCACGUAAUGAUGAGCACUGUACCUGAGGAAGAUCCUGACAACUACAACAAAGAUUUGGACAUCCCAGAAGACAUGCAAGUAUCCGUGAUUGCUCGUGACGUCAGCAACGAUGAAAAGGAGAUCAAGAUUACCUUGGGUGAUGACGAAAUCACUUUCUCCCCGUCGAAAUCAGGAGCCGAGGUUCAGGUAAACGGAAAACAGAUCAAAAUCUCCGAGGAUGAUUCCUACGCCGAGAAGAAUGAUGAAGAAGACGAAGUCGUCUGGGAAAUCUUCGCACUUCCCGACGGUUCCGCCAAGCUCAGUUCUUACGAGUUCGGUAUCGACGCAGUCUACGAUGGAUCCCGCGUCAAGAUUUCGGCUGGUCAGAAGUACCGCGGAUCCGUUCGCGGUCUGUGCGGUAACUUCAAUGGCGAAAGUUCCGACGACUUCACAACGCCGCAAAACUGCGUCCUCAAGAACCCCGAGGAAUUCUCUGCCAGCUACGCGCUGACAGGUCAACAGUGCAACGGUCCUGCAUUGCAGAACUCUCAGAAGGCCCAGAACGCUUAUUGUCCACGCAAGAUGAAUCUCUUCGGCAAUGUGGUCAGCGAGCAGGAGGCUGGACGACCUAAGCCUUACAACAGCAAAUUUGGAGGCAGAAAUGACAAGAAACAAAGUCAGUAUCAGCACGGAUCUUCCGGCGGUCGGCAGCCAGGCAAAAGUUCAGCGUUCUGUUACACCCAUAAGACGGAGUUGAUCCAUGAGAAUGGAAAGACCUGCUUCUCCUUGAGACCAGUGCCAACUUGUGCCUCCGGAUGUCGUCCCCAGGGUCAGAGGGAGAAGGAGGUCCAGAUGCACUGCGUUGACAAUAACCAAGCUGCGUCCAAGAUGGCUGACCAAAUUCGCAACGGUCACAGCCACGAUUUCAGUAGGAAAUCCGUAUCCAAGACCAUCAGGAUGUCUAUCCCUAUUUCCUGCUCUGCCUAGGAUGAUCGUUCAUGAAUUUUAUGACGAUAUAUAGUAAUAUGUUAGUCUUUAUUUAGAUGUGAAAUACUGUGAUUUUAACUGAAAUUUUUUCUAUUUAAAUUCUGGAUUAUUACUGUUAGUGCGAUUUCAAUAGAUAUUUUCAAAUAAAAUCACAACUUUCUUGCUUA